AUGGAGGCUGCCUCGAGGAUCCUGCUCCUCCUGGUGGCUGCAGCAACCCUGGACAUGGGUGACUGUGGCCUCUUCCGAACCACCGUCCGCCAGCGGCGGGCUCUGCUGCCCAACACCACAAGUGGACGCCCCACCACCUUCGACCACAUCUACACCAUCAAGCUGCCUCACUGCCAGUCCUGCACGGCCAACAUCUCCAGGCCAGAGGCCCAGGUUUUUGAGGCCCGGGAUGAGGCGCGGGGCGACAAGCAGUUCGAGCACAUCCUGGACCCCACCAGGCAGGUGGUCUUCACCCACAGGAUCAACAUCCCGCCCCAGGCCUGCGGCUGCGGUGAUGUGCAGGCCCUCCAACGGCGCCUCCAGACCCUGGAGAAGGAGGUCACAGCCCUGCGGCGCCAUUGCUCCAGCUCCCGGUGCUGUGGUUCCGGGCCAGCGCCGGACUGCGGUGCCCACGGGACCUUCAGCCCCUCCAGCUGUAGCUGCGUCUGCGAGGAAGGCUGGGGCGGCCCCACCUGCUCCGAGGCCUCCUGCCAGCGAGGCUGCCGCCCGCCGAGCGGGGACUGCGUGGACGGGCGCUGUGUGUGCCGCCAGGGCUUCACGGGCCACGACUGCAGCCAGGAGAUCUGCCCCGAUGACUGCAAUGACCAGGGCCGCUGCAUCAACGGCCGCUGCGUCUGCUUCCCGGGUUACACCGGCUACGGCUGCACGGAGGAGACCUGCCCCGACGACUGCCAGGGCCACGGCAAGUGCAUCAACGGCAAGUGUGUCUGCGACCCGGGCUACUCGGGGCCCAGGUGUAGCGUCAAGGACUGCCCGAACAAGUGCAGCAACCGAGGCCGCUGCGUUAGCGGAAAGUGCGUCUGCAAGGAUGGGUUCGCCGGCGAUGACUGCUCCCUGGAGAUCCCAGUGGCCCUCAGGCUCCGAAUGAAGAAGAUUCUGGAAACCAAGGCGACGGUGGAAUGGGACCUGCCUCAGGAUAGAGUGGAUGCCUGGGUGAUCACCUUCCGGCCCUUGAAGGAAGAGGACGGCAGACUAACCCAUCACUUGGCCGGCUCCAAGACCUCCUUCCAGCAGACGGGACUGGCAUCAGGUCAGGAGUACGAGGUGACUCUGCAAGCUCAGAAGGACAAGAAGCUUGGAACGGCCGUCACAAGAACCUUCACAACCAUGAUCGACAGCCCGCAGAACCUGCAUGUGGUCUCGGCCACAAACACAACCAUCGAGCUGGGCUGGAAGAAGCCUCUGGCCGCUAUCGACCGCUAUCGGCUCAACUACUCCUCGGCGACGGGCAGACAUAGCCAGGCUGUGGUGCCCCCCGGGAACAGCCGUACCGUGCUAACUGGACUGGAGGCUGGGGUGGAGCACACCAUCUCGCUGGUGGGUGAGCGUGGUGGUCACCAGAGCAAGGCAGUGGCAACCAAAGGCACAACCGUGAUUGACAGCCCCAGGAACCUCCGUGUUGUCAUGGUGACCGACUCCACCAUCAGCCUGCAGUGGGAGAAGUCCAUGGCUCAGGUCAACCUGUACCGGAUUAGCUACAGCUCUGAGAGCGGCCAAGGUGGUGAGCUGAAGGUGUCUGGUAAAGAUCACACAGCCACUCUGGAGAGGCUGGAGAAGGGCACCAAAUACACCAUCUCUCUGGUGGGUGAGCAGGGAAAGAUGCAGAGUGAGGCUGUGAUCACCACAGCAACCACAGCCACAAGAUCACAGAUACUUAAUGCCAGCUCUGUUUUAACAGAAGGUCUCGCCCAUCGGGAACUGGCUGGUAGACACUCCAGCCGAGCACGGGCUGCCAAUGGGAGCCAGUCCAUCCAGGACAUCUCAAAGGCCAUCUCCAGGAGGAUAUCGGUGGCUGGACUUUCAACCAACCCGGCUGUGAUGGCACACUCUGCCAUCAGGCGCUACUCAGCAUUUUCCCGAAAACCCCUCCGUUCCCCCAGGGUGAUGCUCAGCAUCUGGCCUCCCAAACCACAGCAGAUAAACGAUGAUAAAAAGACUGAACGUGGUCGAGGCCCCACAGCCAAGGCACAGGAAUCAUCCCUGGUAGGAACUGGGAGACUGGGGAGUCCCGGAAGUAAGGUCAUUGGGUCCCCAGGGACCAACACCAUGUCUAGGGGAAGGAAUGAAUAUAGUGGAUCCCCAGGAACUAAAGCUACAUCUUGGGGAAAGGAUGAGCAUGGCGGAUCCCCAGGGAGCAUCCCCACGUCCAAAGGAAAGGAGGUACAUGGGGGAUUCCCAGGGACCAUCCCCAGGUCUAGAGGAAAAACUGAACUUAAUGGAUCCCCGGGGAUUGUACCCACAUCGAGAAGAAAGAAUGACCUUGGUGGAGUCCCUGGGUCUAUUCCCAGUUCAAGGGGACAGAAUGAACGUGACCUUUCUCCAUCUUCGAAUGGAAUACAGGAGCCACCCCUCAAUAUCCAACAAGUCAGUAAAGGAUCUGAAAACCUUCCACAAUCAGGGAGAUCAGAAGCAACUCCGCAUGAGAUUCCUGAAGAAGAACAAAAUCCAGAAUUCAAAGUUUCAUCCCAAAUCUCUGAAACCCAGCAUCCUCCUCUGGUCAGUGCCCCCAAGCAUCUGGUUCACAAAAGUUCCCCAAAGCAGACGGGUCUUGUGGUGUGGAACGCCACUUCCAGUCGCGCUGAGGUCUCCUGGGAGGUUGCGGGCGGUGGGUUCGACACGCUGAUUUUGUUUUACCGAGACUCACUCACUAAGAUGGUUAAGGCCAAGAUGAUGCUCAAAGGCAAUCAGCGGACAGCCAACAUAACAGGGCUAAUCGUGGGCAAAAGCUAUGAACUGUACCUUUAUGGCAGCUCCUUGGAUCAUCCAACCCAAACCAUUAAUGUUACCAGAAUCUCAGUGAGGGGGAUGGAUAGUGGGUCAGUGACCAUCAACAAGGAGUCAGUGGAUCUGCAGACAAUGCCAGCAGGAGUUCGGGAGGAGGGCAGUGAGGAGCAGGAACAAGACCAGGACGAGGACGAGGAGGAGACAGGCCAGGAGGAAUCAGAAGGGGAGCUGACUGCUUCCUUCACAGCAGGACAGACACUACUAGAGAAUUUGUCAAGUUCCAGCACUUCCAACGAUAACCUGACCCCCUUUAAAGAUUUGCUUAUCACUUCCCAGAGCUUCAGCACAUCCAGCUCAUUUGAAACUCACAUGCCUCCCACAACUCCCACCCCUGGCAUUAACAAUAAUGUGACCUUCCAAACUAGGACUGAUGACACACUCUCAAUUCCACCUACAGUCUCCACCGACCAAGCUGGCAGCUUCAGCAACGUGAAAGCGCGGGAGGUCACGGCCAGGAGCCUCCGCCUGUCCUGGAAGGUUGUGGGGGGCGUCUUCGACGCCUUCGUGGUUCAGUACCGGGAGUCGGCAGGGUCGGAGCAAUGGCAGGACCGCAAGGUGCAGGGCCACUUUCGCUCGGUCCUACUGAAGGGUCUGAAGCCCGGCACCAAGUACUCGCUCCGCCUGUAUGGGGUGCGAGAGGGGCGGCGGACAGACCCCUACCCCCUGCUCGUCACCACAGUUUCCCUGCAGAAAAUCAAGGCUGGGACAGUGGGCAAACUCGACACAUUCGUUGUCUCAAACAUCACGGACAGCUCCUUCCUACUCACCUGGACCACAGAGAGGGAGUUUGAUUCUUUCCUCAUCCACUAUGGAGCUGAGGGAUCAAAGGACGUGCGGAAGGUCAGGGUGGCCGGUGACCUUCAAUCUUCAGUCAUCACUGGCCUCCGGCCGAGCACCAAGUACACCCUUCACCUGUAUGGUGUCACCUCUGGCCAGCGAACAAAGCCCAUCACUACCACAGCUACCACGGACAAAACCACCAUGAAAUUGGGCAGCCUGUCAACCCCAACUGUCACAUCGAACUCUAUCCGCCUCUCCUGGACCACAGACAGGACCUUUGACUCCUUCCUGAUCCAGUACAGAGUCCAUGGAUCGCAGGAGACCCGGAACAUCACGGUGGCUGGCGGAAAGCGGGUGUACCUCAUCGGGGGUCUCCGUCCUGCCACCAGAUACACCAUCUAUCUCUAUGGGAUCUCGGGAUCUCUGCGCACCCAACCCCUCACCACCCAUGCCACCACCACAGCCCCUGAGGUGCAGAGUGAGAUGACUGGCCUCUCCGUGUCCAACAUCACAGCAGACUCGCUCCAGCUCUCCUGGGUGUCAGAGCGGGACUAUGACUCAUUCCUGGUAGAAUACAGAGCGGCGGAUCAGGAGGUGCAGAGUGUGACGGUGACUGGGAACCUCCGGAGCAGUCUGCUCACGGCCCUGAGGCCAGCCACUGUCUACACAAUCAACCUCUACGGACUCUCUGCUGGGAAGCGCUCCAAGCCACUGACCACUGUGGCCACCACAGAGAGGGGCCAGUUACAGCCCAGUGAAGCCAUUAAACUGGACAGCCUCUCCUCCUCCAACAUCACCACCGGCUCCUUCCGAGUCUCCUGGAGGGCGGAGAAGAUCUUUGACACUUUCUUCAUUCUGUACGGGGUCCGAGGCUCGGAUGUGAUGAGGAACCUCUCGGUGACUGGGGAUCGUCGAUUUACUGUCAUCACUGGUCUCAGACCUGGCACCACCUAUACCAUCCAUGUCUAUGGGGUCUCUGCCAGCGGGCGCACCAAGCCCCUCACCACUCUCAUAACCACCAAAGCUUCCACAAAGAAGGACAAUGUGAAGCCAAAGAGGCUGGGGAGCCUCUCCAUCACCAAAGUUACCACGGACUCCAUCCGCCUGUCCUGGACAGCAGAGAGAGGGUUUGAUGCCUUCCUGGUGCGGUACAAAGAGCACGUCAGUGGCACCACACGAAAUGUUACGGUGACUGGUGAUCAGCGAGCAGUGACCAUCACAGACCUGCAGCCUGGCACCAAGUACACUGUCUACAUCCACGGACUCGCAAAUAGGCAGCGGACAAAACCUCUCAGCCGGGUGAUCGCCACGCCAGCUUCUGAAGACAAAGAUGUUCCCUUGAGACUGGGCAGCCUGUCAACCCCGACCGUCACGUCAAACUCUGUCCGCCUCUCCUGGACCACAGACAGGACCUUUGACUCCUUCCUGAUCCAGUACAGGGUCCAGGGAUCGCAGGAGACCCAGAACAUCACGGUGGCUGGUGGGAAGCGAGUGUACCUCAUCGGGGGUCUCCGUCCCACCACCAGAUACACCAUCUAUCUCUACGGGAUCUCGGGGUCACUGCGCACCCAACCCCUCACCACCCACGCCACCACCACAGCUUCCGAAGACAAAGAUCUUGUGGCUCCAAUGAAACUGGGCAGCCUGUCAGCCCCAACCGUCACGUCAAACUCUAUCCACCUCUCCUGGACCACAGACAGGACCUUUGACUCCUUCCUGAUCCAGUACAGGGUCCAGGGAUCGCAAGAGACCCAGAACAUCACGGUGGCUGGCGGGAAGCGAGUGUACCUCAUCGGGGGUCUCCGUCCUGCCACCAGAUACAUCAUCUAUCUCUACGGGAUCUCAGGGUCGCUGCGCACCCAGCCCCUCACCACCCACGCCACCACCACCACAGCUUCUGAAGAAAAAGAUGCCCCAUCGCCGGUGAGACUGGGCAGCCUGUCAACCCCAACCGUCACAGCAAACUCUAUCCGCCUCUCCUGGACCACAGACAGGACCUUUGACUCCUUCCUGAUCCAGUACAGGGUCCAGGGAUCGCAGGAGACCAGGAACAUCACAGUGGCUGGUGGGAAGCGAGUGUACCUCAUCGAGGGUCUCCGUCCCGCCACCAAAUACACCAUCUAUCUCUACGGGAUCUUGGGGUCUCUGCGCACCCAGCCCCUCACCACCCACGCCACCACCACAGUUUCUGAAGACCAAGAUGCCCCAUCACCGGUGAGACUGGGCAGCCUGUCAACCACGAACGUCACGCCAAACUCUGUCCGCCUCUCCUGGACCACAGACAGGACCUUUGACUCCUUCCUGAUCCAGUACAAGGUCCAGGGAUCGCAGGAGACCCGGAACGUCACAGUGGCUGGCGGGAAGCGAGUGUACCUCAUCGGGGGUCUCCGUCCCGCCACCAGAUACACCAUCUAUCUCUAUGGGAUCUUGGGCUCUAUGCGCACCCAACCCCUCACCACCCAUGCCACCACCUCAGCUUCUGAAGAAAAAGAUGCCCCAUCACCAGUGAGACUUGGCAGCCUGUCAACCCCAACCGUCACAUCAAACUCUGUCCGCCUCUCCUGGACCACAGACAGGACCUUUGACUCCUUCCUGAUCCAGUACAGGGUCCAGGGAUCGCAGGAGACCCGGAACAUCACGGUGGCUGGUGGGAAGCGAGUGUACCUCAUCGGUGGUCUCCGUCCCGCCACCAGAUACACCAUCUAUCUCUACGGGAUCUCAGGGUCGCUGCGCACCCAGCCCCUCACCACCCACGCCACCACCACAGCUUCUGAAGAACAAGAUGCCCCAUCACCGGUGAGACUGGGCAGCCUAUCAACCCCGAUCGUCACAUCAAACUCCAUCCGCCUCUCCUGGACCACAGACAGGACCUUUGACUCCUUCCUGAUCCAGUACAAGGUCCAGGGAUCGCAGGAGACCCGUAACAUCACAGUGGCUGGCGGGAAGCGGGUGUACCUCAUCAAGGGUCUCGAUCCCGCUACCAGAUACACCAUCUAUCUCUAUGGGAUCUCGGGCUCUCUGCGCACCCAGCCCCUCACCACCCACGCCACCACCAGCACAGCUUCUGAAGAAAAAGAUGCCCCAUCACCGGUGAGACUGGGCAGCCUGUCAACCCCAACCGUCACAUCAAACUCUGUCCGCCUCUCCUGGACCACAGACAGGACCUUUGACUCCUUCCUGAUCCAGUACAAGGUCCAGGGAUCGCAGGAGACCCGGAACGUCACAGUGGCUGGCGGGAAGCGGGUGUACAUCAUCGGUGGUCUCCGUCCCGCCACCAGAUACACCAUCUAUCUCUACGGGAUCUCGGGGUCGCUGCGCACCCAGCCCCUCACCACCCAUGCCACCACCACAGCUUCUGAAGAACAAGAUGCCCCAUCACCGGUGAGACUGGGCAGCCUAUCAACCCCGAUCGUCACAUCAAACUCCAUCCGCCUCUCCUGGACCACAGACAGGACCUUUGACUCCUUCCUGAUCCAGUACAAGGUCCAGGGAUCGCAGGAGACCCGUAACAUCACAGUGGCUGGCGGGAAGCGGGUGUACCUCAUCAAGGGUCUCGAUCCCGCUACCAGAUACACCAUCUAUCUCUAUGGGAUCUCGGGCUCUCUGCGCACCCAGCCCCUCACCACCCACGCCACCACCAGCACAGCUUCUGAAGAAAAAGAUGCCCCAUCGCCGGUGAGACUGGGCAGCCUGUCAACCCCAACCGUCACAUCAAACUCUGUCCGCCUCUCUUGGACCACAGACAGGACCUUUGACUCCUUCCUGAUCCAGUACAGGGUCCAGGGAUCGCAGGAGACCCGGAACAUCACAGUGGCUGGCGGGAAGCGGGUGUACCUCAUCGGUGGUCUCCGUCCCGCCACCAGAUACACCAUCUAUCUCUACGGGAUCUCAGGGUCGCUGCGCACCCAGCCCCUCACCACCUAUGCCACCACCACAGCUUCUGAAGAAAAAGAUGCCCCAUCACCUGUGAGACUGGGCAGCCUAUCAACCCCGACUGUCACAUCAAACUCCAUCCGCCUCUCCUGGACCACAGACAGGACCUUUGACUCCUUCCUGAUCCAGUACAGGGUCCAGGGAUCGCAGGAGACCCGGAACGUCACAGUGGCUGGCGGGAAGCGGGUGUACCUCAUCGGGGACCUCCAUCCCUCUACCAGAUACACUAUCUAUCUCUACGGAAUCUCGGGGUCUCUGCGCACCCAGCCCCUCACCACCCACGUCACCACCACAGCUUCUGAAGACAAAGACGCCCCAUCGCCGGUGAGACUGGGCAGCCUGUCAACCCCGACUGUCACAUCAAACUCCAUCCGUCUCUCCUGGACUACAGACAGGGCCUUUGACUCCUUCCUGAUCCAGUACAAGGUCCAGGGAUCACAGGAGACCCGGAAUAUCACAGUGGCUGGCGGGAAGCGGGUGUACCUCAUCAGGAGUCUCCGUCCUGCCACCAGAUACACCAUCUAUCUCUACGGGAUCUCGGGCUCUCUGCGCACCCAGCCCCUCACCACCCACAUCACCACCACAGUUUCUGAAGACACUGCAGCGCCAGUGAAACUGGGCAGCCUGUCAGCCCCGACCGUCACAGCAAACUCUGUCCGCCUCUCCUGGACCACAGACAGGACCUUUGACUCCUUCCUGAUCCAGUACAGGGUCCAGGGAUCGCAGGAGUCCCGGAACAUCACGGUGGCUGGCGGGAAGCGAGUGUACCUCAUCGGGGGUCUCCGUCCCGCCACCAGAUACACCAUCUAUCUCUACGGGAUCUCAGGGUCUCUGCGCACCCAGCCCCUCACCACCCACGUCACCACCACAGCCUCCGCAGUCAAGGAGGAUCAAAAGCUGAUGGUUGUGCCGACUCUGGAUGGGGUGUCAGUUUCCAGGGUCACUGGGCACUCCCUUGAACUAUCCUGGGCAGCGGGAGGAACCUUUGACUCCUUCCUUGUCGAAUAUGGAGCCGAGGGCUCUGCGGAUGUGAGAAACCUCAUGGUAACUGGUGAGCGGCGAUCCACGGCCAUCGUAGGCCUCAGGCCUAGUACGGCCUACACACUUCGUGUCUACGGGCUCUCCGAUGGCCAACGCACCAAGCCGCUAAGCACUGUCGCCAACACCACAGCCUCAGAUGUCAAGGUCGCCACAAGGCUGGGUGAGCUUGGCAGCCUCUCCAUCUCCCACCUGACGUCUCAGUCCUUCCAACUUUCCUGGUCUGCGGGCAGAAGCUUUGACUCCUUCCUGCUCGAGUACAGUGGUCUAGGAGCAGUGGCUAUACACAACCUGACCGUAGCCAGAGCUCAGAGCUCCACCUUCAUCAGGGAUAUGAGACCUGCCACCACCUACACUGUCCGUCUCUACGGGGUGACUGGAGGCCAGUACACAAAGCCCCUGACCAGGGUGGUCACUACCACAGCUUCCACAGAGACGGGAGUCACAAGGCCCAGUGAGAAGGCAGAGCUGGGCGUCCUUUCUGCCACCGUUGAGUCGGCCAGCUCAGUCCGUCUCUCCUGGGAAGCGAAGAGGGACUUUGACUCCUUCGUGGUGCAAUACCGACUCCAGGGUUCAGAGGAUGUGCGGAAGGUCGCCGUGAAGGGCAGCAGCCAAUCGCACAUCAUCACAGGCCUUAGGCCCACCAGCAAGUACACCUUCUACCUUUAUGGAGUGUCUGGAGGACAUCACACCAAACCCCUGUCCGCCACUGUAAUCACCAAAGAUGUUCCAGAGCCCAGCUCCCCCACCAGACCCGGAGUCUCCAACAUCAAGGCUGACUCCCUCCAACUCUCAUGGACAGUGGAACAGGUCUACCAGUUCUUUCUCAUCCAGUACAGGGCCCACGGCUCAUACAGCUUCCGGAACCUGACGGUGGCCGCAGACCAGAGGUCCUACUCCAUCACAGGCCUCAGGCCAAGUACCAAAUACAUCAUCUACCUCUACGGGGUGCACGGAAUGCACCUGACAAAGCUGAUGGCCUUUGUAGCAUCUACCACAGCCUCCAUGGUUAAGGAAGGUGUGAGGCCGAGGCAUGCGCGGGUUCUGGGCAGCCUCUCAGUCUCCAACAUCACGGCCGACUCGGUGGAACUCUCGUGGUCGACCCAGUGGCACUUCAACUCCUUCGUCAUUCAGUACAGGGCUCAGGGCUCCGAGGGGGUGAAGAGGAUCCGGGUCACCGGCAACCGCCGCUCGUACACCAUCCUGGGCCUGCAGCCCACCACCAAAUACACCAUCUACAUCCACGGCGUGUCGGGGGGCCGCUCCUCCAAACCCCUCUCCAUCGUCAUCAGCACCACAGCCUCCGUGGACACCAACGGCGUCAGGCCGAGCCGGUUAAGUAAACUUAUCCGCCUUUCAGGGAACAACGUCACCGAAAAUUCCCUCCAGGUCUACUGGGCAGCCGAGAGUGGCUUUGACUCCUUUCUCAUCCAAUACAGAGUGGAGGGGUCCGCGGACUCUCAGAACAUCACCGCCGCUGGGGACCAACACUCCGCCUUCAUCUCUGGCCUGAGACCUGCCACCAGAUACCUGGUCUCCCUCUUUGGGGUGUCGGGCAACAGGCGGACAAGACCACUAACCACUGUAGUAACCACCGCAGCAUCCACAACGGUGGAGCAAGUCAAAUCCAUCAUGUUUGGGAGCCUGUCCUUCUCGAACGUCACGGCGAACUCUCUGCGACUCUCCUGGGAAGCCGACAAUGCCUUUGACUCUUUCCUGAUAGAGUACGUUGCGCUGGGCUCCGAGACUCGGCACAACCUCACGGUGGCCGGCGACCGCCGGUCGGCCUACAUCACGGGUCUCACACCCGCCACCAACUACACCAUUUACCUCUACGGCGUGUCCAGGGGCAAACUCUCCAGGCCCCUGGUGGCCCGGUUAACCAUCACAGCAGUCCCUGUGCCUGCCACCUCGAUCAGUACCCUGGGAGGACUCUUGGUUUCUGAUGUCAGCUCGCAUGGAUUGAAGCUGUCCUGGACAGUGGAAGAAGGAGCCUUUGACUCAUUCCUGGUUCGCUACAGGGACACAAAGGGGCGGCUGGCCUCCAAGGAGGUCAUGGCCCCUGGCAACCUUCGGCACAUCACCAUUACAGAUCUGACCCCCAGCACGGAAUACCAGCUCUCUCUCUACGGCAUCUUGGAUGGUCAACAGACAGAUCCCAUUCCCAUCGCAGCUCGAACAGCCCAGGAGAGCCAGAGCGGGUUGAAGUUCACAGAUAUUAGUGACACCUCUGUCACCGUCAGCUGGGCAGCAGCCUUGGAGCCCGUCGACACCUACAAGAUUUUCUACGUGCCAACUAGACAAGGUGAACCGAGGAGCAUGAGUGUGGAUGGAAGAAGAACCAACGUCACCCUGAGCAGCCUGGUGCCCGGUACCCAGUAUGAGGUCAACCUGGUGCCCAUGCGGGGGCAGGUGGAGAGCCCCCCCAUCCUGGACCACUUCACCACUGCUCCGGAUCCUCCAUCCCAUCUAAAGGCCAUCAACAUCUCAGAAACACAGGCCAUCCUGGUGUGGAAACAAGCGACUGCACCCAUCGACCACUACGUCAUCAGCUACAAGGCAGAAGGAGUUCCUGCCAUCAGGAAGACUGUCUCCAGUAACAGUGCGGAACUGCAGCUCACGGGUCUGAGUGCAAACACCAUGUACACAGCCGAGAUCUACAGCGUACAGGGCGCACGAAGGAGCUCCGGUGUCAGGGGCAGCUUCACCACAGAUUCUGGGCUGCAGAGUGGCCUCACCGUGCACGACAUCACAUCCACUGAGGCUCUGGUUUCGUGGGAGAGCCAGGGAGCAGGGGUUACGGGUUACCUCCUUCUCUAUGGGAUCAAAGGGGAUGAGCUCCAGCAAGUGACACUGGACUCCAGGACAACAAGCCACCAGCUACAGCAGCUCCUGCCAGGAGCCAAGUACACGGUCAGACUGCACGGGCUGAGGGACAGCGAGAAGUUGGCAGCCGUCACAGCCCACUUCACCACAGUCUCGGUGCACAUCCCAUUCCCCAAGAACUGCGGGGAGGAACUCAGCAAUGGCAGGACCAACUCCAGCGUCGCCACCCUCUACCUGAACGGAAACAAGGAGAAGCCGAUCAGAGUCUUCUGUGACAUGGCCACUGAUGGCGGCGGAUGGAUCGUUUUCCAGAGGAGAAUGAAUGGGAAGGUCAACUUCACGCGGACCUGGAAGGACUACGUGGCUGGAUUUGGGGACCUCACUGAGGAACACUGGCUGGGUCUGGAGAAGCUGCAUCAACUAACAUCGCAGCAGCACUUCGAGCUGCGGGUGGACCUGCGCGCCGGCGAGGAGACCGCGUACGCCACCUAUGAUAACUUUGUGGUGGAGGGCGCCAACAUGAAGUACCAGCUGGGGCUGGGGAAGUACGCCGGCACCGCGGGCAACUCUCUGUCCUACCACCGGGGCAGCAACUUCACCACUGUGGAUGUAGACAACGACAACGCCCUGACCAACUGCGCCUUCUCCUACAGGGGAGGCUGGUGGUACCAGAACUGCCAUCGCGUCAACCUUAACGGAGAGUACGGCAACAACAGAGACCACCAGGGUGUAAACUGGUUCGGCUGGAAAGGCUUCGAGUUCUCCAUCCCCUUCACAGAGAUGAAGAUGCGGCCUCACACUUUCAGCAGGGCGGCCAGGAGGGAGUGAGGUGGAGGGUCUGCCGCAGGGACUUCACUAGAGCUUGCAGCUAACUCUCGCACCCAAUGCCUGAUGUUGUCGCCGUCACCGAUGCCCACAUUAUCGCCUUUGUUUCUGCUCCGCUGGGAUCCAGGUGCAUUGGCCUCGCAGCCCCGCCAACAGCAGGUGGCCGGGACGGCCUCGCCCCUGCCCAGGGGAACGGCCAC